AACAAGGUCCCCACAGCAAAGAAAAGGGAAUAGGAUAAAGAGAUACGUGGCUGCUGGCAGAGCAAGCAUGAGUUCGAUGGCUUCAGCAGUUCCGGUGGCCAAUUCUGUGUUGGUGUUGGGACCCCACAAUGGUUACCCUGUGACCCCAGGAAUUAUGUCUCAGGUGCCCCUGUAUCCAAACAACCAGCCGCAAGUCCACCUAGUUCCUGGGAACUCACCUAGUUUCGUGUCGAAUGUGAACGGGCAGCCUGUGCAGAAAGCUUUGAAAGAAGGCAAAACCUUGGGGGCCAUCCAGAUCAUCAUUGGCCUGGCUCACAUCGGCCUCGGCUCCAUCAUGGCGACGGUUCUCGUAGGGGAAUACCUGUCUAUUUCAUUCUACGGAGGCUUUCCCUUCUGGGGAGGCUUGUGGUUUAUCAUUUCAGGAUCUCUCUCCGUGGCAGCAGAAAAUCAGCCAUAUUCUUAUUGCCUGCUGUCUGGCAGUUUGGGCUUGAACAUCGUCAGUGCAAUCUGCUCUGCAGUUGGAGUCAUACUCUUCAUCACAGAUCUAAGUAUUCCCCACCCAUAUGCCUACCCCAACUAUUAUACUUACGCCUGGGGUGUGAACCCUGGAAUGGCGAUUUCUGGCGUGCUGCUGGUCUUCUGCCUCCUGGAGUUUGGCAUCGCAUGUGCAUCUUCCCACUUUGGCUGCCAGCUGGUCUGCUGUCAAUCAAGCAAUGUGAGUGUCAUCUAUCCAAACAUCUAUGCAGCAAACCCAGUGAUCACCCCAGAACCAGUGACCUCACCACCAAGUUAUUCCAGUGAGAUCCAAGCAAAUAAGUAAAGCUACAGAUUCUGGAAGCAUCUUUCACUGGGACCAAAAGAAGUCAUCCUCCCUUUCUGGGCUUCCAUAACCCAGGUCGUUCCUGUUCUGACAGCUGAGGAAACAUCUCUCCCACUGUUUGUACUCUCACCUUCAUUCUUCAAUUCAGUCUAGGAAAUCAUGCUGUUCCUCUAUCAAGAAGAAGACAGAGAUUUUAAAUGGGUGUUAACGAAGAGGGACUCCCUAGGGCACAUGCAUCUGCGUGUAUGUGGGCAUCCAGCCUGGGGCCUUGGCACACACACAUCCAUGUGCUCUGCUGCAUGUGAGCUUGUGGGUUAGAGGAACAAAUAUCUGGACACUCAAUCUUCACUCUUUCAAUUGUGCAUUCAUUUAAUAAAUAGAUACUGA